CGUCGACAUCCUUUCUGCACCAAGUAUGGAAGUCGGGAACAUGGCAUAUCUUGCGGUGGUUGUCGAGGCGAUCAUCGCGCUCGCGGAGACGGGAAAACGCGCUUCUCUCCUGCCGUCGCUGAAGAAGCAGCUGCCAAGGGUGAAGAGCAAGCUGCGGUCGGCGAUACAGGCCGGAGUCGAGGACGGCUCGCUAGUGAAGGCGAUCAGGGGCAGCAGGGACUCUCGACGAUAUGGUCCCCUUGGGAGCCUCCUCCGGACUCUCGUGCUCAUUGCCAAAACCUACAAGCUCGGCUCCGCGGGAGGAAAGACGUCAAGAUCAUCCGUCGCCAGGGGAAAGAAGAAGCCCAUGGUUACCGUUACCAGGAGAAAGGCAGAAGUCGUCAGAGCCAGCGAUUCCGCCACCGCCGCUAGGAGGAAAAGCGCCUCGAAAAGGAAGACUAGGGUUUCCACGUCGGCGAAGGCGCCCUCCACCGCCGUCUCGAACGCUGGCAAAAAGAUCGCUGCUGUAUUUUGGCCCGGGCGACGGACCGGUAAGUCCGCCAGAAAGACCGCUUGCGUCAAGAGAGCCGGGAAGCCGGCAACGGUAGUGUCGAGAUGGACAGCGGCAGCAGCCGGGAAAAAGAGGGCGGCGGUAGCGAGAAAGAAGACCGUCACCAAGGGGAGGACCGUCGCAAAGACCAAGGCAACAACGAGCAAGAAGGUUGCCAAAAGAUGAGGCGGUAUGUGGGGAGCCGGGAGUCCGCUGUGUGGCUGGACUGGCCAUUGGCGGUGAUCGUGCUGGGGCAGGAGAACAGCGACGUUUGUGGAAUAGUUUUUCGUAUCUCGAAGAGGGCAUGCGCACGUUUGGGAGAAACGAUCAGAUGGAUGCUAUGCGAUGAGCGCAUAACGGUCAAGAGGCGGCUUUUUGUCGACAGUUAUCAUGGG